AUGAAGUACCGGUUCGACUUGUAUGUGCGAUAUACUGUUGAGAUCGACCUGCCCAACCUGAUCUCGUCAAUGGACGCCUUGAACGGUGUCGCGAACCGGGAGUUUGCCUACAUUCUCAGGGAGUUCACCAAACUCCAGAUGUACUGCUGCAGCGGGCCUCCCGCAUCCGGAUGGAGCAGCCAGGUCAUUGGCCGGCUGCAGAGCGACCAGGACUUGGCCCAGUACAUGUCCGCUUUGCCGGCUGGAGGGCCGGUGUUCGAGGUGCACAUGCCAGACGGCUUUGACGCCGGUGCCUGGUACCAGAGUAACAUGCAGAACUACCAGACCCACAUCCAGAAGCUCACGGACCAGGUCAACAACCUGAGGCCAUGUCUUCAGAGCUGA